AAUUGUCGCGUUGCAAGAGAAUCUGUAUCGUAACAGAAGGGCAACUUUACGCGACUAUAUACGUAAUUUUAGCGGUGGUAAAAAGUAAAGUUUUUCUACACUGGGAAUUUUUGACUAAAAAGCAUUUAACAAAUAAAAUGAAUGAAAUGGAGGCAAAUCAGUUUAGGGAGUUCGGCAAAGCGAUGAUUGACUAUACGGCGGAAUAUCUGGAGAAUAUCAGAGACCGGCGAGUGUUGCCGACUGUGGAACCGGGUUAUUUGAGACCUUUGUUACCGGAUCAAGCACCGCAACUUCCCGAAAAAUGGGAAGACGUACUUAAAGAUGUCGAAAAAAUAAUCAUGCCAGGAGUAACCCACUGGCACUCGCCCAGAUUCCACGCUUAUUUUCCAACUGCCAACUCGUAUCCCGCCAUUGUUGCCGAUAUUCUUAGCGGUGCGAUCGCCUGCAUUGGAUUCACAUGGAUCGCAAGUCCAGCAUGUACGGAACUCGAAGUGGUGAUGCUCGAUUGGUUGGGCAAAGCCCUAGGAUUACCCGAAGUUUUUCUAGCCUGUUCGGGCGGUAAAGCGGGCGGCGUCAUCCAAGGUACCGCCAGCGAAGCGACCCUUGUCGCCCUUUUGGGCGCCAAAUCCAAGGCCGUCGCGGCAUACAAGACGAAACAUCCCGAACUUAAAGAGGCCGACAUUAUUUCGAAACUCGUCGGAUACACUUCAAGUCAAAGUCAUUCGUCUGUGGAACGGGCGGGCCUGUUGGGCGGCAUCAAAUUGCGGUCGCUCGAACCCGACUCGAGUAACCGUUUGACAGGCGACAUUGUAGAACGGGCUAUCAAAGAAGACAUCGAAUCCGGCCUAAUUCCUUUUUAUUGUGUAGCCACCUUAGGAACGACGUCAUCGUGCACGUUUGACAAGUUGGAGGAAAUAGGGCCGGUGUGCAACGAAAAUGACGUUUGGUUGCACGUGGAUGCCGCAUACGCUGGAUCUUCAUUUAUUUGUCCGGAAUUUAGAUACCUAAUGAAAGGCAUCGAACGUGCAGAUUCCUUCAAUUUCAACCCCCAUAAAUGGCUGCUAGUCAAUUUUGACUGUUCCGCAAUGUGGCUCAAAGAUCCCACUUGGCUUGUAAACGCUUUUAACGUAGAUCCUUUAUAUCUCAAGCACGAUCAACAAGGUUCAGCACCAGACUAUCGUCAUUGGCAAAUCCCGUUGGGUCGUCGUUUCAGAGCUCUGAAACUUUGGUUCGUGCUCAGACUGUACGGUAUCGAACACUUGCAGGCGCACAUUCGUAAGCACAUUGCGCUUGCGCACUAUUUCGAAAAUCUAGUUCGCGGUGAUCACCGAUUUGAAAUAACCGAAGAAGUGCUCAUGGGGUUGGUUUGCUUCAGAUUGAGGGGGUCGAAUGACGUCAGCGAGGCAUUAUUAAAGCGGAUUAAUGGCCGUGGAGUGAUUCAUUUGGUACCGUCGAAGAUUAGGGAUGUUUAUUUUCUUCGGUUAGCGAUUUGUUCGCGGUAUACGGAAGAGAGAGAUAUCGAUGUGUCUUGGAAGGAGGUCAAGGAGGCUGCCGACGAAGUUUUAUUGGCUCAAAAAUAGACGAUCGUGCUUUAUUUGACGCUUGACAUCUGUCGCAAAAUGACAUGGACAGGUGUAUUUGUUUUGAGUUAAGUUUAUACAAUUAUUUCUAUUUAUUUGUAUAUAAAAUAAUUUAUUUUUAUGUUAAAAGCAUACUAUAUUAUAAAAAUGACCAAAUAUUGAUGUGCAACAGGAAAAAUGUCUUAAAAAAUAAAUAAUAGUUAUUGCAGUAGUA